AUGGCGGAUGCUCUCUCCGUUGAGCAAAAUAACAAAAUUCGAGUGGCUCUCGGCCUCAAGCCGCUCCAGGUUCCCGGUGCCGAGCCCGACGCCACCGGACCCGUCUUCAAGGAAGACGACGAGAGCGCAUCCGAAGAAGAAGACCCCGCCAGCACCCUCGAGACCCGACAAGCGCAAGGAUACAACAACUGGAAGAAACUGCAGGAUGACGCCGAUGCGAAGCGCAGGCGAGAAGAAAAGAACGCCGCCAUCAAGAAGGCGCGCGAUGCCGCUCAACGAAAAGUGAAGCUGGAGGGGACUACGCUGGGCGACUCUGCCGGCCCCGAACUCGACACCAAGAGUUGGUUGAUGCAGUCGAAGAAACGCCAGAAGAAAAUCGAGAAGGAGCGCGCGCGCAAACUCGCCGAAGAACUGGAGGAGCGGGAACGUGCGGCGGCUACCGAGUACACGGCGGCGGACUUGGCUGGAGUCAAGGUUGGACACGGAGUGACUGAUUUUGAGGGCGGCGAGGAUCAUAUUCUUACGCUUAAAGAUGCGACCGUGGAUGACGAGGAGGGCGAUGAACUCCAGGACAUCAACUUGGUCGAGAAAGAGAAAACCGAGGAAAAGCUCGAGCUGAAAAAGCGCAAGCCCGUCUACGACCCUACGGCCGAGAAUCAGGGCAUUCUCUCCCACUACGACGAAGAGAUCGAGGGCAAAAAACGAAAACGCUUUACGCUAGAUACUCAGGGCUCAACUGCUGAGGAAAGAGAAGCAAAGCGACAAGAAGUGUCGGGUCGGCUGAAGACAAAUAUCAUCAACCUCGAUUUUGAGCCGGAGGUUCCGGCUUCGGAUUACAUGGAUAUCAGUGAGGUGAAGAUCAAGAAGCCAAAGAAGAAGAAGGCGAAGGCGACUAAGCAAAGAGCCGUCAUGGACGACGAGGAUAUUUUCCCCGUGGCGGAAUCGGCAGGUACCCCCAAUGGAGCCUCGUCCAUGGACAUUGACUCGGCGAACGGAGCACCUGCCCCCGCGCCUCGCAAACCUGCCAACCAAGAUGUUUCCUUUGUGGAUGACGACGACCUCCAAGCCUCUCUUGCCGUCCAGCGGCGCGCAGCGUUUAAGAAGCGCAAGAAGAUGCGCCCCGAGGAUCUUGCUCGGCAACUUCGAGAAGAAGAAUCACAAACCCCCAUGGAGGUGGAAACUCCCGAAGAGGGUGCAGAGGAACCCGGCCUGGUCAUCGACGAAACAUCGGAAUUUGUCUCCAAUCUGCAGAAACCUACACUUCCCGAGAGGGACAAACGCCAGACAGAAACCUCGGCCGAAGAGGCUGUCAAGCCGGAGCCCGAGGAAGAGGGUGUGGAUGUGGAUAUGGAGCGAACAUACAACGACAUUGAAGAUGAAGAGGAUCUGAAAGAGCGCAUCCAGCGGGAGGAAUCAUCCCAGGCCAAGCAAGAGCUUACCGGUACCGGGCUGGAAGAGGAGACCACUCUGGAUCAGGGUCUGGGAGCUACGUUGUCAAUGCUGAAGCAGCGUGGGCUGGUCAAAGGAGCCGACAACGGUGAUCAAAACGCGCUGCACCGCGAUCGCCAACGCUUCUUGCAGGAGAAGUCACACCGCGAGACCGACGCCGAGCGACGCGCACGACAACAGCGCGAGCGAGACCGCGCGUCCGGCAAGCUCGACCGCAUGUCGGCCCGUGAGCGCGAGGAGUACGCACGCUGGGAGAACAAGCAGCGCGACCAACAGGAGGCGCGGCAGAUGGCCGAGGUGUUCAACCGCGAGUACAGGCCCGACGUGCAACUCAAGUAUGUGGACGAGUAUGGUCGCUCGAUGAACCAGAAAGAGGCGUUCAAGCAACUCAGUCACCAGUUCCACGGCAAGGGCAGUGGCAAGAUGAAGACCGAGAAGCGUCUCAAGAAGAUUGAGGAGGAGAAGAAGCGCGAGUCUAUGAGCACCUUGGACAGCAGCCAGCACACAGGCAUGAACAAUGCCAUGGGCGCCACGGCCCGCAAAAACCGCCAGGCUGGUGUGCGGCUGGGCUAA